UCACCAUGAGUAUACUUUAGGAAAUUAAUCAACGAUUUAGGAAAUUAAAGAAAUCCGGCCUAGCCUUCAGGUACGCAACAAUUGCAUUCCAACAACCGGUCAAUUGAAUGCAUGUAGUGGUAUGAUUGACGGCCUGCUGGCUAGCUGCAUGCAGGUUCUUGCCAAGUAGUUGCCGAGAAGUAUGACCCACUUCUCUAUUAUUAUUUAUUUGCAAUAAGUACUACAUCUAUAAUUGGACCUCUUGGUGAAUACUAAUCUCGCACACACAUCAGAUCAGGAUGAGCACUUCUUCUUCCAUGGCCUUUCAAUUAGGAGCUUCUUCCUCUCUCUCAUUCUCUUCUUCUUCCAUUCGUAGGUGGACUCACGAUGUAUUCUUGAAUUUUAGAGGUGAGGAUGUUCGUCAAAACUUUGUUUCUCAUCUAUACCAUGCUUUGCAUCAAAGAGGAAUCAACACUUACAUAGACAAUAAUCUCAAAAGAGGAGAGGAAAUUUCAUUAGAACUUCUCAAAACAAUUGAUGGAUCAAUGAUUUCUAUCGUUGUACUUUCCAAGAACUAUUCAGAUUCUAAAUGGUGUUUAGAUGAGCUGUUGAAGAUCCUUGCGUGUAAGGAAACGGUGAAACAAAUUGUUCUACCCAUAUUUUACGAUGUAGAUCCAUCAGAUGUACGACAUCAAAAAGGGAGUUUCGGAGAAGCAUUUGCCAAACUUAGAUAUAAGUUCAAGGAUGAAGUAAAGGUUACAAAGUGGGGGGCAGCUUUGGAAAAAGUAGCCAAUUUGUCCGGAUUAGAAUUAGGGGACAGGAAUGAAUCAGAGUUUAUUCAAGAUAUCAUUAAAUGGGUGGACUCAAAAAUGGUAGAUCAUACACCUCUUAAUAUUGCUAAGAAUCCAGUUGGAAUAGAGUCCCGUGUACAAUACAUUUAUCAACAUUUAAAUAUGGGAAGGAAUGAUAUUAUAUGCAUGGUAGGGAUAUUUGGAAUCGGUGGAAUUGGUAAGACAACUGUUUCAAAAGAGAUCUAUAACAGGAUUUCUUAUCAAUUUGAAGGAAGUUGUUUCUUGAAAAACGUUAGAGAAACUUCAAAAGCAGGAGGUCUGAUCCAGCUACAAAAGACACUUCUUUAUGAUAUUUUGGGAAUACGUUUAAAAUUUCAUGAUACUGACAAAGGCAUCAAUGUAAUUAGGCAUAGACUUUGCUCUAAAAGGAUCCUCCUAAUUCUUGAUGAUGUGGAUGGCUUGGUCCAACUAGAAACAUUAGCUGGAGCUCGCGAUUGGUUUGGUUUAGGAAGUAGAAUCAUCAUAACAACAAGAGAUCAAGAAAUACUAGAUAACUUUGAAGUUGAUUCAAAAUGCGAGGUGAUGACUUUGGAUGACAAUGAAGCUCUUGAGCUGUUUAGCUUGUAUGCUUUUAAGAAAGAUGAACCACUUGAAGAUUACAUGGACCUCUCCAAACAAGUGAUAAAAUAUGCUCAAGGUCUUCCUCUAGCUUUAACAGUGCUAGGUUCGGAUCUAAAAGGUCGAAAUAUAGAUCAAUGGAAAAGUGCAUUGGAUAAGUAUAGAAAAAUUCCCCACCGAAAAAUUCAGAGCGUACUUCAAAUAAGUUAUGAUAGUUUGGAAAUUGGUGAGAAAGACAUGUUCCUUGAUAUUGCAUUUUUCUUCAAAGGAGAACCUUUGGCUAAGAUCAUGAAAAUAUUUGAUAGUUGCGGUUUUUAUCCGGUUCAUGGUAUCCAAAGGCUUAUGGAAAAGUGUCUUAUUACAGUUGAAAGGUAUGGUGAUGAAUGUGUUUGGAUGCAUGACUUACUACAAGUUAUGGGUAAAGAAGUUGUUCAAGAAAAAUCAUCCAAAGAUCCUAGCAAACGUAGCAGAUUGUGGUUUUACAAGGAUGUUCGUGAAGUGUUGGAAGAAGAUACGGGGCCAAACGAAAUUGAAGGUAUGGUAAUAGAUUUUCCUGAAGACGAUGAGGAGAUAAGCUUGCAUACAGAAGCAUUUCGACAUAUGAAAAGACUUAGGAUCCUGAUAAAUCGUAAUGCACGUUUUUCUCAUGGACCUAAUUAUCUCUCUGACAAGUUAAGAGUCCUUGAUUGGUAUAACUAUCCUUUACCAUAUUUGCCACAUAAUUUUCAAGGGAAGAAUCUAAUUGUCUUUAGAAUGCAUGAUAGCAUCAUCAAGGAAUUAGGGGAUGGAUUCAAGCCCAAGAAUUUGACGACCAUGGCUUUCAGAUCUUGUAGUUACUUAACAGAAAUUCCAGAUCUUUCAAGCACCCCUAAUUUGAAGGAAUUGACUGUCAAAUAUUGUGUCAGUGUAGUUAAGGUGCAUGAUUCCGUUGGAUCUUUGGAAUAUCUUUCUAAGUUGGAUUUUGAGGGAUGCUCUAAACUCCGAAUUCUUCCAAGAAGCCUUAAGUUGAGAUCUUUACACUUGCUUAAUCUUGGAUAUUGCUCAAGCCUCCAUGAUCUUCCUGAAAUGGAGUGCAAAAUGGAAUGUUUACGUCACUUGAGUCUACAUGGAACUGCUGUAGAAGAACUACCUUUAUCCAUUGGGAACCUUGUUGGACUUGAGCGUUUAUAUCUAAGGAACUGCAAAAGCCUUCUACAUCUCCCAAUUGCUUUGAUCCAGUUGCAAUAUUUAAGCCUGCUUUUUAUUGGUGGUUGUACAAAUAUUGUAAAGAAGAUGCGGGAUGAUGGACAAUCCCUUGAUCUGCCUAAUGAUUCUACAACAAUGGAAGAUGAGAUAUCAAAUCCAAGCAAUGGAAACACUACAUUACAAGUAUUGAAUCUUCAAAUUAGUUGUUCCCAUCCAGAAUCAAAUUUAUUUCCACUAUAUAGUUUCUUUACCAUGUUUAAUUCCUCGACCAGCUUGCAUGAGUUAGAUUUAUCGAUGACUGAUAUUGUUAGCCUUCCCACGAACAUCAAAGAAUUCGUUACACUAACUAAUAUUUACUUGGGAGACUGUCAUAAACUCGAAGAAAUAGCAGAGCUUCCUCCAAAUAUAAAACACAUAGAUGUUAGUGGAUGCAAGUCACUAGAAAGAUUUUUGGAAGUAUCAAAAAUAUUGGAAUUCAAUGGAAACCACAUCAGAUCGCUAGAAAAUAUUGAUAUGGGCGGCUGCAACAAAAUGCAUGAGAAUUUAUGGAAUGAUAAAGUGCAAAAUCCUUUAUUGUGGAAGGGACUCUAUGAUUAUGACGUUACUUUGUUUCCGAAAAAUCAGAUUCCAAACUGGUUCAAAUAUGUUCAUGAGUUUUUAGAUAAUGAAAUGGAGAAAGGGCAUGAUGAUGAUGCCCGACGGAGGGGAACAGAAGAAUGGGCAAUAGAUAUUGAAGGGCCACACUAUUUGGAGGAUAUUAGUGAAAUUGUAUUGUAUGUCGUACUGUUUUACAAUGAUGCUCGUCAAUGGCGCAGAAUUUUUUGUGAUGCUAAGAUUACCAGUAAGGGCUCAAAUCAUGUAUGCAGUGUUCAGAAAUGGGUAGAGUUGGUUAAUAUGGAUUGGAAGAACGAGGGAGGAACUCGAUAUGAUGUAUGGGUGGGGUAUUCCAAUUUGCAACCUUUUGAGCAAAAGGUUUUGGACAACUUGCAAGUCCAAUUUUGUUUCCGUGCUCGUUGUCCCUUUGAGCUGGAGCCGUUUUAUAAAAGUUGCAGAGCCAAGGUGGUAUACAAGAAUGAAACAAGAGCAAACAGAGAAAGAAAAAUGGAUGAAGCCAAUGUUCCAAACAGUCCUCAAUAGCAAUUGAUUUAAUGAUAACCCAAUGUGUACACUCUUGCGAUGGCCAGAACAAAGCAUGUCAUAUCCAAGGAGGAGUUACUCUCCAGGAAGGUUAGUUUUGUCAGAGAAGAAGCUGGUGAAACAAGCAGACGGGGGUAGAUCAUUGAUAUUGAAGAGGAAGCAAGUUCCAUGUCCAAGAUGAGUAUAGAAAAUCUUGAGAAACUAUAGGAAUCAGUGGCUAAUAUUACCUGAAAUCUAGCUAAGAAGACUACGGCAAAAAUACAAAAGGUUUCGGCCUUGCAGCGUGGACACAAAAAUUUCAAAAAGUACUUUGAGCCAAUAGUGGUAUCACUCGGUCCUAUCCAUCAUGGGAAGAAGGAAUACCAGACAAUAGAGGACUUCAAUCUUGGAAUGGCAAGCAAAUUCGUUGAGGAAAGUGGCGGGUCGGGUGAAUUUUUGCUUGGGAAAAUUGCGAAGAACAUCAAGCAACUGAAGCAGUACUCCAAUGAAAAGGUGGUCGAGAAGUAUGAUGAUGAGACCCUUGCCUAGAUGCUGUUUGUUGACGGUGUGCAGUGUAGCAAUCCAUACACUUUGCAUUUAAACCAAAGCUGAUCACAAAGUUGAAGAUAAAAAAUGAUCAGAUGGCUAUAUGACUUUAAGGCCCAUAAACUUUGUGUAUGAUGGACCAUAUAUGUUUAUACUAAUUUAUACUUUGCAAUGAAAUAUGAUGUUUAAGACCUAAUUUAGUCUUUGCCAGUGAAAUAAAGGUGGUCAUUUGGUUACUAUUUGAUGUUCAAAUUCCCUUAAUCUACUCAGGUUGCAUGUGUAUUGCCAGUAUUGCACGUGUUGGUUGAGAAAGAGGACAACCGCAUUGAUUGUCAAGAAUAUGAUUACUCAAAUGGUGGUUUACUUUUGAGUAAGUGAACAUGGAAGCACUUGUGCAGAAGUGGGAAGAAGCAACUUUGGUUUCAUUAUAUUUGCCAAAACCCGUCAGCUCCGUUCAACAUCUAUAGCAUUUAUUGGUCUAGCAUUUGUAGCCCAAGUGGCCUGCCGGCCCCUAUUACAACUAUUUCUUUGGAAUCUCAGGUCAGAUUUUCCUUUAAAUUUUGUUUGUUCUCUCUGGUCUUAAGACUUCAUUUUUGUUUCAUAUAUGAUGUUAAGAUUUCCAUGAAUCUACUUGUGGGGUUGCAUAUGUAGCGGCAUUGUAACAUGUCUUUAUUUUCAAGGACGUCUUCUUUUGUAGACCUUAGUAAUCUAUCUAUUCUA